GUGGAUACCUCCUCAAUAAAAGCUCAUGCUGAAGAGACCAAGACAGACUUGAAGAACUCAGCGGGAGAGAAGAAGUUGACGAGAGGAUCUCUGAAUUUGUUGAGUGAAUAUUUAAACUCCUGUUAUAUUGAAUCAAAGGAAACAUUUGAAAAAUGAUUGGACAGAAAAUGCUCCUGCUACUUCUGAUUAUUACAUUGCUCAACUUUCACAACUCUAGCUGUCCCUGGAAUAACCACAGCAGCUCCAACAUUACCAGAUGUUCCUACAACAACCACAGCUGCUCCCACAACAACUACUGCUGAUCCUACAAUAAUCACAGCUGCUCUUACAACAACCACAGCAGCUCCUGCAACAACUACAGCUACGUCUACAACAACCACAGCUGCUCCAACAACAACCACAGCUCCUCCUACAACAACCACAGCUGUUCCUACAACAACCACUGCUGUUCCUUCAACAACCACAGCAAGUGCCGCUACAACCAUAGCUGCUUCUACAACAACUACAGCUGCUCUUACAACAACCACAGCUGGUCCUACAACAACCACAGCUGCUCCAUCAACAACCACAGCUCCUUCUGCAACAACCGCAACUGUUCCUACAACAACCACUGCUGCUCCGUCAACAACCACAGCAAGUGCCGCUACAACCAUAACUGCUUCUACAACAACAGCUGCUCCUACAACAACCACAGCUGUUCAUACAAUAAACACAGCUGCACGUACAACAACCACGGCGGCACCAGAAACAACCACAGCAGCUACAACAUCAACAGAUGCUCCUUCAACAACCACAGUGGCUCCUACAACAACCACAGAGGCUUCUACAACAACCACAGCUGCUCCGACAACAACCACAGCAAGUGAUGCAACAACCACACCUGCUCCUAAAACAACUACAGCUGCUGCUACUACAAACACAGCAGGUGCUAUAACAACCACACCUGUUCUUACAACAACUAUGGCUGCUCCUACAACAACCACAGCUGCUUCUACAACAGCAACAGGUGUCCCAGCAUCAACCACAACAGUUCCAACAUCAUCAGACGCUCCUCCAACGACCACAGCUAGUGCAACAACAACCACAGCCAUUUCAACAGCAACCACAGCUGCUCCUACAAUAACCUCUGCUGCUCCUCCAACAACCACAGCUAGUGCAACAACAACCAAAGCCAUUUCUACAGCAACCACAGCUCCUCCUACACCAGCCACUGCUACUACAACAACCGCAUCUGAUUCUGCAACCACAGCUGUCCCUACAACAGCCACAAUUGGUACCACAACACUUACAGCUGCUCCUGUCACAACCACAGCAGUUCCUUCCACAUCCACAGCUGCUUCUACAAUAACAAUCACAGCUGGUGCCACAGCAACCACAACGUCUAUUACAACCACCACAGCUUUUCCUAUCACAACCAAAACUUUCCCUACAACAGCCACAGUUGCAUCUGUAACAUCAACCGCAUCUACCACAACAGAAACAGCUAGAGGUUCCACAACAGCAAUAGGCGGAGGUGCCACAACAAAUGCUGCAGGUGCCACAACAAAAACUUCUUCUUCAACCACAGCUGGUGGCACAAUAACCGCAACUUCUUCUACUGCCACUGUAAUUUCCAAAACCACAGUUGCUGCAACAUCGACCCCAGUUGCUACUACAACUAAAGGUCUUCCUACGACAAGUACAUCUCACCCUAUAACAGCAACAGCUGCUUCUUCAUCAUCCACAGUAGUUUCCACAACAACAGGUGCCUCAAAAACAACAACCAGUGCCACAAAAACAACUACUGCUGGUACCACAAAAACAACUACUGCUGUUGUCAAGACAACUACAGUUUCAGCCUCAACUGCCAUCAGCUACCAGUUUAGUAUUCUCACAAUCUGCGUAGCUUUGAUCAUCCAAACACUUUUCUAGAAUGAGUUUCUCCAAAAGUGGCAUGUGUUUUAUAGUACUUGUAUAGUAUUUUAUAUUAUAAAUUUUGAGUAAUUAUUUAAUGCAUUUGUCAAUUAUAAUGCUUUCCAAAAAGCACAAUGUUACAUAUAUGGUACAGCAUAAACCUUGCUCAGCACAUUCAAGACUGGCUUUACUGUUGAUGUUUCACAAGGUUUCAGGUUUUUCUAGUUCCUUUGCCCUAAUGUGCUUCACAACUAAAAUGAUUAGUCUGUUUUCCAAAGAAAGUCAUGAGUCUUCUUCACCAAAUUAAUUCCUUUGCUAUUGCCAUCUAGUUUUAUUUCAUUGCGACUCUCUUCUUAACUAGUAGUGUUUUGUUUUCAUUUGUUCUUUAGUCCCAUUAAAUGAAUGUUAAUUUACUAUUCACUUAAUAAAAUGUUACU